CUUGGGUUCCACAACUCUCCCCUCUUCCCCGCGCGGCUCUCUUCCCGUCUCUCGUCUCGGUCUCUCAGUCACCGUCUCUCUCUUCUCUGUCAACUCAGUGGCCGUCGCCGUAGCCGUCAAUUUCAUCAUCUUAAGUGAAGACAUGAAUGCAUUCAAGGCUUACAAGGCCUGCGUCCCAAUUGCAUGGAGCCCUAACCUGUAUAUAAGUUUGGUGAGGGGCAUUCCAGGGACCAGGAGACUUCACAGGCGCACUUUAGAGGCAUUGCGUCUGCACAAGUGCAACCGAACCGUCAUGCGAUGGAAUACUCCUACUGUCAGGGGAAUGCUCCAACAGGUCAAGAGAUUGGUAGCAAUAGAGACAAAAGAGAUGUAUAAGGCUCGCAGGCAAAAGGAUGCAAACCACUGUGCUUUACGUCCCCCAUUGGUCAUAAGUCACUUACCUGCUCCUGCUAAAUGAUUCUUUUCAAGAGCAUAUUCACUUGUUCUGGGAUCAGCUUUAAGCUACUUAUAUCUGGUUUGUUGUUUAAGGAACAUUUUCCAGAUAUGUAUUCUCUUGCCAAUUUAGUAAGCUUGAAGCUUUUCUCAGUUUGCAUAAUUUUCUCAAUGGACUUCGUGACAUAUUAAACUUUAUAUCAUGAUUGGCUCCAAAUUUGUCUUGUGGUUCUCGUCAGGGAGCAUGAAUUGCGUUUAAAUUGCUCAGAAGAAAACCUGCAACCGCGUACCUUUGUAUUUGUAUCUGCAAUUCAUUGACUGGUUUCUUUUGUCCAAAUGUAUUUAGUUGAACACUUCGGUAUGGCAUAAUGACUGGUCACAAAUGUGGCCUUUUUCAGUAAUUUACAAAAUAAUAGGAGCAAAAGAACAUGACUAACAACUAUCUGAUGAUUCAUGAGCAUGUAACAUGAUUAUUAGUUUUUUUUUUUUUUUUUCCCUUCUUCUUCUUGUAACAUACUA